AGUGCGGCGAGGCGAGGUGGUUGUUGUGGUGACAGCGCGGGGCAGUGUGUGACGGGGCGGGGCAUGGUGUUGAUUGACUGUUAGUGCAUGAUUGGAGUAGUGACUGGGUGACAGGUGCUGCCUGCUCCUGCCACCAUGAAUCAGUGCAGGCUAAUCUUCAGUGACUACCAGAUCAUCCGUGAACUUGGAUCUGGCUCCUAUGGCUCGGCUCACCUGGCACACCAUGUUCCAUCAGACACAAAACAUGUCAUCAAGAGGAUCAAGAUUUCUCACAUGACACCUAAAGAAGUGCAGACUGCCAGACAAGAAGUUCAGGUCCUAUCAAGCUUAUCACACCCAUACAUUACUCAAUUCCGAGGCUCCUGUGAAGAAGAUGGAUAUUUACUAAUAGCAAUGGACUACUGUGCAGGUGGUGACCUUCAUUCUAUCAUUACCAAGAGAAAUGGUAUUCUUUUUCCUGAAGAUCGUGUCCUUGACUGGUUUGCUCAACUAUGCCUUGCCAUAAAGUACAUACACGAUCAUAAAAUACUUCAUCGUGACAUAAAAUCACAGAACAUAUUUUUGACAGAUGAUGGAAAAGUUCGCUUGGGAGACUUUGGAAUCUCAAAAAUUUUGAAUAGUUCCUCAGAGCUUGCCAGAACAUGCAUUGGAACUCCAUAUUACUUGUCUCCAGAAAUGUGUGAAAAUAAGCCAUAUAAUAACAAAAGUGAUAUCUGGGCAUUAGGCUGUGUUUUGUAUGAAAUGCUAACACUAAAGCAUGCUUUUGAGGCCAAUAAUAUGAAGGCGCUUAUUCUUAAAAUUAUAAAAGGUAUCUAUCCACCUGUUGCUCCUCGUUAUAGUAGAGAUAUUCGUUUAUUACUCAGCCAGAUAUUUCAGAGAGAGCCGCAAGCUCGCCCUUCUAUAUGUGCAGUUCUUCGCAAACCAUUUAUUCUCAAAAGACUAUCAAAAUUUAUUCCUGGAUGUGAAGAGGAAGAGUUAAGGGAAUCCCUCAUAAAACGAAAAUACCAUGUGCCUGCUUCAGCUCGCAGCAAGGUGGUGCUCAACAGACGCCCUCCUGACAUCACAGACCCUGCUGCAAAGUAUGGAGUCUCUCUCAAUAGGAAGGUUACUCAUAAGUCCCCACUGAAGUCUGUUGCUAGGCUUCCUAAACAGGCAAUUUCUAAUGGAAAACAAGUGACUAAGAUAACUCAUAAAAGCACAGCAAGACAGAGGCAAGAUAGUAGGAAGAGAUUCCCAAGUGAGGAUAUAUUAUCAUCCAAAGAUGUACAAAGGCCUGAGGUAGAUAUGAGUGGUAAAAGGUAUCAGAAGAGAUCUAAGUCUGUACCUAAUGCUUUCAGGCAAAUUAAUAAUCCAAGAUCUCAAUACCAAUAUAACAAAAUUAUGAAGCCAUCGCCAGUCAAACUUAAGCUAAUGUUAGACAGUUCAGGUCUUAAAAGAAAAAAGAAGGAUGAUGCUGUAGAUAAAGACCUCAAAGUUGAGUCUACAUUAGAUGAAGAAGAGUCUUGUGAAUCUCCAAGAUCUCCAGGUUGGCUUGCAGAUGAAUUUUUAACCAAGAAACUGAAAGCUGUUUAUGACAAGAGAAAGCUUGUAGAAGCUUUGAUGGUGGAUGAAGCAAGUGCAGCUGCAUCCUGUAAUGGUGCUGUUGCAAAGUGUAUGCUUCCAGAUGAAGAUGUUUUUGCAAACUGUGUUGGUAAACCAAGUGAUAAUGAUUCAGAAAAAAAUGUGCUUGAAAUGUUUGAGAAGCCAAAAAUGUGCAAACCUGAGACAAAACAUAGUAGAGUUGAAUUACCAAACCCAAAGGAUGUCAAGGAGUUAGCUAACCAAAGCCUCAAGUUGCAAGACAAGCAUUGCAGUGAAAAUGAUGAGAGUAGUGAUGCAGAGGAAACUUUACCAGACAUGUCACCUCAACAUUUAAGGGAAGUGAUGCAAAAAAAACUGAAAAAUCUGGUUGAAGAGCGCACCAAGAAGAUGAGCCAGAUGGUCUCAGAGCGACGUCAGUGGGCAUAUGAGAUGGAAAAAUUAUCUACUUCUGUCUCCCAAAGUAAUGAUGAGGUUUUGAAAUCCGUUAAUGUGACCAGUCAUGUUACUGAUAAGGAGGAAAAGACACAUCACAAGUCAAAAAAAUAUAAAAAGCUGCAUAAAGCUUUCAAACAAUGUGAUUCUACUGUUUGUUUAGGAGGUCAGACUGAUAAGAAACAUGACAAAGCACCAAUUACUGCCACCACCAAUAAAACCCAUCUGCCAGUAGAAGAGGAUUGCACACUGCAGCAAGUAACAAGCUAUGAUAUCACCUCAGAUUGUACUGACACACAAAGAGACUUCAAAUUCAGUCCGCAUGAUGAAUGUGAUAUGCAAGAAACUGAAAACAAGCCAGGAGAUAUGAACAAGGAGAAAGAUGCUGUAAAAGAUAUAGGUAUCCAAGAUAAUAUAUCUAUGAAUAAGGUUUCUUCCCUAGAAGUAAACUAUAAAGAAGAUAGUUUAUUGGGAGAUGGCAAUUCUGAGUUAGUGAUGGCUCAAGGUUCAUCAAGCACUGUCAAAGCAGUGAUUCCUCAAGAGCCUACUUCUAAGGAUAUGGUCAAAUCCAAUCAUUUGACUCCCAGUAUGCGUGCACGAUGGGGUGCAGUGCAUACUGCUGAUCUGGAAAAGUCUCCCUUGGAAACUACUGCAUCAGAGAUGGACACAACCACUUCCUCAGACUGUGUAUUUGUGUAUAGAGAGGCAGGUGAACGUAAACAUUGGAAGAAGGAGUGUGGUGAUAUUGUAAGCCUAUUAGCAGAGGCUCAAAUUAUUGAAGACAAAAAGGUAGUGUGUGACAUGGAGGAAGAAAACUCACAAAUUGUUACAGAGAAAUCGGCAGGAAAGGAGUCUUUAAAAAGGCAACAAAAACCAGCACAGAUGAAUUCCACUUUCACUUUAAAGGAAGGUCUUCAAAACUGUGAAGGUGAUUCAUGUAUCUGCAAGUCCCACAUCAAUAUCACAAAGAAUGUGCACAAGUUUACAGUAUUAAAUGGCACUUUUAAAAUUGACAAGUCAAAUUUUGAGAAAGAAAUGAAGUCAAUUGGACCACCUCUUUUGAAUAGCACAUUUGAUAUGUCAAAAUUACCAUGUGAUGAAGCAGUCGGUGCAUCAGUGCCAGUUACUAUGAAUAAUACAUAUGACAUCGGCAACAAAAACUCAGUUACUACCGAGGAAAAAAUAAAGAAAAUUAUAAACACAACCACCAAUGAUACCAACAUUUUAAAGAAAAGUGAACACAAUGAAAAUUUGUAUGGUACAUAUACAAUAUCUUCUGAUUCAAAAGAAAGUGAACAUUCUACUCUAAAAUCAGAGGUAUUAGUAAAUGAAAGAAAAGUAGUAACUAAGGAGGGAAACUCAAAGACAAAGGGUGGCUUGCUUGAAAAAUUACGUCUUCAUUUGACACCUCAGCUGAAAAACAAAUACCACAAGCUUGACAGUAAUAAUGAUGAAUCGACCCCACCAUUAGCUACAACAGUUGAUUCACGUAGUUUAGAUUCAGGACUAGAUAGUGGUACGAAAGGAAUGCAUACACCAGCUUGUAAAAGGAAAGGAAGCAUGAAAUUGGGAAUUUCUGGUAUUCUAAGGAGACUGUCUUCAAAGCAUGUCACAAAGACGCCAACAAGAAGUAAAUCUGUAGAGAUGGUAGGAAAAUACCUGGGCAGUUUUGAAGAUUGUGACACUACCCACAGUGACAGUGAUUCCCCACAGCAAGAAGGCAUACAAGGAUGUGAAACUGUAAAAUUUACUAAUGCUGGAGUUUGGAGAGAGGCUGAUCAAAAGGUAGUAAAACAUGCUAGUGGUUCUGAAGACAACUGUAAAUUUGUCUCAAAAACUUCAAAGUCUGGUGACAAGUUUAAGGUACUUGAAGAAGAUGAGAUUUCUGUGAAUAAUCAUCCAUCAGCUAAUGGUAGAGAUGAUGACUCUAACCACAAAACCUGUGCUACUGCAAAAGAUAUGAAGCAGUCAGGAGGAGAGGGAACAAAUUCAAAUUUCUUUACAAACAACAGUACAAUGUCAACUGAUAGUGGUAUUGAUUCCCAGAAGACAAGUAUUUGUCAGACUUCAAGUACUGAUUGCAGUAACACUCAAAUUCUCCUUCACAGUCCUUCAGGGGAAUCAAGAAAUGAAACUGGCACACGUGAAUUACUGAUGACAAAUGGUGAUCAGGAGGAUUGUGUGACUUCUUCCAAUUUUUAUGAGGCUGCUACUUCAACAGUAUUAAUACUAACCCCGCAAAUAAAACAGGAAAAGGAUUCUGCCAAUACUACCCAGAAAUGUCUUUCUUCUCACACACAAGAUCUAGGACCAGCAAAGACGGUUUUAUUGGAUGCCACACCUCGGGAGAAGUUUCAAGACAUCAGUCCUGUAUCAACGAGUGGGAUCCACAUCAGCUUAAAGAUUCCUAGUGAGCAGAAAGAUGGAGCAUUACAUUCUAAGAAUGAGCAUGGUGAGCCACACUCCAAGCAGAUUGAACAAACUGAGCUUGAAGCAAUUACACAGACAGAACCAAAGGUUGAACUGGUACCAAAUGUAGAACAAGAUUUACAAAAAACACUGAAGAUAACCUCAUGUAAUGAAGUGUCCAAUAAUCAGUACAAACAAGAAAAUUCUCAGUCCUCCAGUGACCAGCCAAUCCUCCCACAUAGUCCAGCCAGACCCCGACCCACGAAACUCAACAUUAGUAAUAAGACAACUGAUGUCAUGCAGGCACCUCAACAUUCUGCUUCAAGACAUUAUAAUGUAUGCCAUAGAAAGUGUAAACAAUCCAAAGUUUGUAAUGUAGAGAGGAACAAGACCUAUAUUUCUUCAGAAAGGCAAGAGCACAUUAAUAGAACUGAGGAUAAAAUGUAUGUGAAUGUGUAUUCAGAUGCCACCACCAGCCACAAUGUGAAGCCACAUGUAAAGGAUCUCUUCUUUUCAUCGGAUGAGGAAAGUGAGGAUCCAGAAAGUCUUCCCAAAUCAGUGGAUUACCUUAUAACUUCUGGAGAGCACAGGAGGGAAGGCAACAAAAGGACACAGUCUGAGUUGUGGCACCUAGACCGGGAUGGAGGAGUGGUGCUUGGUGGUGGAGGUGUUUAUGGCUGGAUAGAGGAGCAGAGGGCAAAGUUAGAAGAUGAACUCAGCCUGGAGCUAUUUAUAGAAGCCUAUCACAUCCUAGAGGCAGCACAGGAACGUGAGGGAUGUGUUGUUGGAGAGUCAGUGAGUCAAGUGGAGAGUCUGUUGGGACCUCACCAUUACCACCUGGCAUAUGAUAUUCUGCAGCUGGUGGUUGCUGAAUCGGUCUAUCAUGACUAGAGCACAAUGCUACAUGAGAACAGUGUGAGGGCUUGUUUUACACUAGAAUCUUGAAGAUUUUUGACAUAGUGUUGUUAGAAAUGAUAAAAGUGGUGUAGCAGCAUUGUUAUUAUUAAAGCAUCUUUUUAUGAGCAGUACAUGCAUGCACAAAUAAACAAAAAUAAUAUUGAGGCAUUAUGCUCAAAAGGAUGUUUGCUCAGGUUUUAAGAUAUUUUCAAUAAAUCAUUAUCUUUAUUAUUUUUACUUUUUAAAAGAAUGAUAUUAAGGGUUUCUAGUCAUUUAUUAUGGUAGCAAUGUGGUAUAAGAGAGGUUAGUCAGUUAAUCUGAGAUCCAACUGUCAUUAGUUUGUGCCAUCCGACUUUAUUUUCACAUGACUAAGCCAGUGCCAUCUGCCUUUCCUCAUUUCAAUGAGGCAUUUCAUUGCAAGUCUCAAUUUUCAAUAGUCUAUCCAUAUUCCAGGUUGAAAUCACCUUAUAAAGGGUGGCAACCUUACUGUUGAAUAAAAAUACUGAGAGGAAAGAUUUUCAUUUCUCUCAGUGCUCACUUUUUAAUGAUGUACAGAGAAUAUAAUGACAGUUUUCUCCCAAGGCAGCCAUAGAACAAGUGACCAGUCUGUUUUGACCAAUGAACGGGGAGAAGAAUUCUCUGUUGUAUGCCAAAAAUAACAUUUAGGAUGUUGGUAUGUUCAGAUGACAUGUAGCCUUAGUGAUGAUAGAAAGCUGAAAGAAUUUGCAUUAACUAAUCUCAGGUAAUUUUGUUCUGCUGUGCAUAGUUUUAUGGCUAUUAAUGUAGGAAAGAACUUUCGAUAAAAAAUAGUCUAGAAUGUAAAAAUGGUAAGUUUUGGGUGGGCUUGUGUAUUUGUUUCUGUAUUGCUAAAAGUCUUUAUUUACAAAUUCCUAUGACUAAAUUGCUAGCAUACUAUUGAGGUCAGCAGAAUACCAAUAAAAUAUGUAUUAAAGUUGUAUUAAAGAUGAAAAAUUAGGAAUUCCUAUCAUAAGGCAGUCAUUACAUUACGUAUUAGUUUUAAGUACCAAUGUUACUGUGAUAAUUAUGUGAUUUUUAAAUUUUAUGGUGUUACAUUUGAUCUGAUAAGUGUAAAUAUAUUGAUAUUAUUUGAAUAACAUUGGUGUAUGGUUAUUGAAUUAAAAAAAAUCUAAACUGUAAGAAAAGAUAAUUUUCCAUGAGUUUGUUUCUCAAGAAAUUGGAACCUAUGAUUUUUUUCAAAGAUAUAUUGAGGAGAAAAUGAUCUAUCAUAUCAGUGCCACUGGUAUGUGCUAUAGCGAGUAAUGAAUAUAUCUUUGUACAUGUUGUAUGAAUGUCCCCAUUUCCUUUCAGAAUUGAGUUUUGUGUUACUGACUGCCUGGUCAGUUUUUUUUUUUCUUUCAAUACUGCACAGUUCUCCUUAUUCAGAGGGUUAGUUAUUUUCUAUUGUGGCAGAGUUUGAACUGUGACCUUGGGGAAACUUCAGUCUUGCAUUUUGUUCUGUAAUCUUGAUGGGAUGUUUCAUAUCUGCAUAAGCUCAAAAGAAGAACAGUAAAGUGAGGUAUUAUUUUUAAUAGGUAUGUUUUUUCAACAGUUCAUAAUCCAUUAAAUAAUCAAAGAAUAAAUUGUGUUGUCUAUGAACAAAUAUUUAAAAAUGUGUAGAAUUAACUGUUACGAGAAGGAAUAAUCUUUCCUCAACAAAAUAUUACACUACCAUACACUACAUGACACUGCCAUCCUCAGAGAAAACACUGGAUGUUAAGUCAUGAGCACUAGUUUUGCCACAAAGUUAGUAGUCAUGUAACAGUCCACUAGUAGAAUUUUUAUAGAUAAUUUUGUACUGCAAUUAGAUAUUGAAUUCAAUUAUGGAUUUGACAUGAAAAAUAUGUUUAACCAAAUAAUACCUGGGACUAUGGCAAUUUCAUACAUUGUCAUACAUUAUGAAUUUAUUCAUAUUGGUCUGUAGGUAGAGAGCAUGUACGUUUAAAGAUAGUCAAGUAAGUAGGUAGUUUUUAUAACUCCCAGUAGUCCAUCUUAGGAAGAAUGAUUCAUAUCAUAAUGUAUAAUAGUAGCAUUUGUAUAAAGAAAAUGUAUAGAAAUAAAACAAGUUUGUAAAA